AUGGGAAACACAUUCACUACGCAACAAGAGUCGGUAGUUCCUACUACUACUCCCUCUAGCAAGCCCGACCCUCUCGCUGCUGUGGAAGCUCCCAUCUUGUCUUUUACUGUUGAGGACUUCGUAUUCGCCUACCUCCAAGGCGUGCGUACCAAAUGUAUGUUCCACAAUACCGGGCGUCCGUUUUUAGAGGAUGCUAUCUACCAUCCACCCUCGAUUGGUACUACGGCCGAAGACAUGUACGAUGAGAUGAUCGAGGUCGGCAUCAGUCCACUAGGAUGGUGUCAAGCCAACCUUCCGGAAUUGAUGUUAAAAGACAGCUUCAUCACCCGCGUCGCCCCCAUCGAAGACGAAGAACCCAACCUCAAUUACAAAGGCAUGAGCUUCUCGCAUUGGUCAUUCCUAGAGAUAUUGAAUGAAGCGGACAUAGAGCUCCGUUCAGCUAUCCCUAGCGCGCAUCCUACCGUCGGCAGACCAAUUCCUGAUCGGUUCGCGCUGCCGCAAGCCUGGUGUGUAGGCAUGUACAAACUAGCGGCCAUGCUGGAUGAGAUGCACAAUGCGGGUAUAACACCCUAUCAGUACGUAGCGCACACGUCCAUGCUACUUGACUACUCGUCUACCUCUCCAUUUAUGUUAAUUGCCGUUAUUGGGGUCACCGGAAAUCAGGGUGGGUCAGUUGCUCGCGCGUUCCUGAACGAGCCCGAGUGGAAAGUUCGCGGCAUCACUCGCGACACUUCCAAAGCGUCCGCCACGGAGUUGUCAUCUCAAGGCGUUGAAGUCGUAGCAGGCAACCUCGAUGACGUAGAGUCGUUGAAGAAUGGGUUCAAGGGUGCAAACGUCAUCUUCGGCAACACUGACUUCUGGGGUCACCUGAACGAUCCUGCGACACAUAAGCUUGCAGCCGAACAGAAACGUACAGCAAACGAAGUAGCAUAUGACCGAGAAGUUGCUCAAGCCAAGGCUAUCAUCGAUGCAGCAGCGGCUCAUGCAGGCACUCUGGACCGUCUCGUGUUGUCCACGCUUUCUGAAGCUAGGAAAUGGAGCAACGGUACCAUCAAGUGGAAUUUGCACUUCGACGCAAAGGCUGAAACCGAGAAUUACCUGAAAGAGACAUACCCGGAGCUUUCCGCCAAGACGAGCUUGCUGCACUUGGGCUCCUAUGCAAGUAACUGGAGACCAGAGAAGCAGGAAGAUGGCUCCUUUGUUCUUAGUCUACCCAUGAGUGGAGACAGGAAGAUCCCCAUGGUCGAUCCGGUUGCAGACACUGGGCGUUUCACGAAGGCACUCGUUGAGUUGCCACCAGGAACACUUCUGAGCGGCGCUGGAUCGUUCACAUCGCUUGGUGAAUGGUGCGACAUCUUCGGGAAGGUGAACAACGUGAAGUGCGUCUUCAAGCAGAUACCCCGAGAAGUCAUUGAAGAAGCGAUGGGACCCGUAUACGGUCCCGAAAUUGCCGACAUGUACGAGUAUUUCGACAAGUUUGGCUUCGAAGGGGGCAUUCCUGAUGUCGUGUUUCCGUGGGACCUGAGCAUCGACGUGAAGUACACGUCCAUGGAAGAGUACUUGAAGGGCGAGAACUGCAGCAUCGUUUUGUGA